AUGACGGAGGCAGAAGACAAGGGAAAGGCGGAAAAACUUGCCGCUGCGAAGAAGCGCGUUGCACAACUGCAAAAGCAACAGGCCAAGAAGGCUGGGAAGAAACCUGCAGGCACUGGAGAGCAGAGCAAAACCGGGGGGCCUGCGACGACUGUAACGACGACGGAAACAGCUGAUUCCCCGGCCCCUGUUGAGAAAGUUAAAGAAGAAGAAGAAGAAGAAGAAGAAGAAGAAGUGGAAACUGCCCCCGCCGCUGCUCCCCAGCCCCCACUUGCUCCCGUUCAAGAACAUGGGCAACAAGAAGAAGAGGUGAAGCGUGAACAUGCGCCCGAAGAACGCUCUUCUCAGGAACCUUCUACGUCCACCCUCCCACCUCAAUCCGAAAACCCAGAACACCCCACAAAAGACACCACCGAAGAACCACUCCCCUCCCGAACUCCACACGGCCGUCAACCGUCCUUAUCCCUGCAGUCAAAACUCCGCUCCUCCUCCUUCCGCCGCACCUCCCUGAGUCAGCAGACAGGCCAACCGCCAUUCUUUUCACCAACGUCACCACCGCCAGCCACAGCAGGUGUCAAAUCACCAUCGUUACCCCCUCUCAAUCCUGAUGGAGACUACAUUCCUGAGGUGUUUAGGAAGCAGGCGCUGAGGCUGGAUGAGUUGGAGAAGGAGAAUAAGAGGCUUGAGAGGGAGGUGGAGGAGGUAGGUGCGAGGUGGAAGAGGUCGGAGGAGCGGCUGGAGGAGUUGAGGGAGGUUAGGGGGGAGUUGGUUAUGGUGAAGGAGAAGCUGGGGAGGGCGGAGGAGAGGGCGGGGGAGGUCGAGAUGUUGAAAGCGGAGAUCACGGCGUUACAGCGGCAGAAUGCGCUGUUGCAUAGCAGGUCGCAUCGGACGAAUAGUGUUUCUGCAUCUGGAUCCGGAAAUGCGGAGUCGCCCCCGGCUGCUCUUCUUGCUCAAUUAGAUUCUAAAUCUGCUACGAUUGAAGCUAUGGAAUUGGAAAUCUCGAAUUUACGUGCCCAGCUCAGUUCGCAAUCGUCAACUACGUCUGCUACCCAGGAACAGGUAUCUGCCCUCGAAGAUAAGCUCUCACGUAGCGAAGCUACGCUUGAGAAAACGCAACGUGAACUUGCAGAUGCCAAACACUCACUUACUCGUGCAGUGGAAAAGGCUGUAAAGGAAGGAGUGGAUAAAACUUCGUCAGAAACCCUAAUCAAGAAUCUAGAACGGCAGCUUCAGGAGGCCGAAGCCGCGAAAUCUGAGGCUGAUAAGAAGAUUGAAACGCUGGAGAAAAAACUUCAAGCGCUGGGGAAUCUUCACAAGGAAUCUGAGAAUAGAAGUAGCAUCCGCCUGCGUGAACGCGACAAAUUUGAAAAAGACGCUACGACGCUAAAGCGCAAGCUAAUUACGAUUGAGAAUGAGAAUCUACGACUGCGUGAAGAGCGGGAGCACAUGCGGAAACAGGAGGUGAGUAAUGUUGGAGACGAGGAAGGUCUUGAUGAGCUGGAAGACGAAGCAAGGCAGCGGCUUGAGAGACGGGUUCGUGAGCUUGAGGGGGAGAAUUUCGACCUGCGUCGUGGAAUUUGGCAGGAGAGGAAGAGUGAACUGUCUGCGGGUGCCUCUCAUCGCGACGGAGGCGACCUGGAGGACGACCUCGCCGAUCGUUCCUCGUCCGCUGGUGCGUUUGAUGAUGUGGAUCUCGUUGGCGGGCUUCCCGGCACCGGGUCGGAUCAUUCCCGUCGUAAGAGCAUGGCUUCUGGUAGACACCAGCAGCAGCAGCAACAGCAGAAACAUUCUUCGUUUACUACUGUACUCUCCAGUGGGCUGGCUGCUUUUAGAGGGGAGUCUGGCAGUCCAACUGCAGGCCAUGACCGUCAUCGUAGCCGAGCUGUGUCGAAUAUCAGUCACGUGCAGAAUCUUUUUUCUGAAAAGGACGGGGAGGUUGGGUCCCAUGCGGACGCUGAGGCGUGGGCAGCGGAGGAAAAGAGGAUGCGGGACGAGCGGACGAAGGAGAUUCAUGAGGCGCUGAAGAAUUGGAAGGGGUGGAGGUUGGAUUUGGUUGAGUCGAGGUAUGGAGCUCAGGGGGCUGGUGUGGGACUUGGUGAGAUUUUUGAGGUUUGA